UUAUCUUAUUGCUUUAAUUCAUAGGCUAGUGAUGACAACUUUGGUUACCUGCUCUUUGUUUAUAAAAAAAAAUAAAAUGGCCGGUAUUAAAAAGUUUGUGGUGCCUACUGUCGAAGAAAUGGAGUGUGCUUGUGACCAAAAUCCUCCAGAACCUUUGUUUAAAAAAGCCAAAACAUCCUCAGUGCAAGGUGCUAACUCAACAGUAUCUCAAAAAUCAACACCAUCAGCUACAGUAGGUGCACAAAUCCAUAAGGAAACACAUGGAGCCAACCAAGAACAAUUUUCCAGUAUUGUCCAGAAGGAAAAUUCAGAGAAAAAAGAUCAAGAGAGUAUUCCUGGGUCGACCAAUGCUACCAAGUCAUUUUCAAACUCAAUUAUAGUCAAUACUAGGCAGAGAGGAAACCCUAUUUUAAAAUCUAUACGCAACAUUCCCUGGGAGUAUGGGAACAUUAUACCAGACUAUGUCAUGGGCCAGUCCAAUUGUGCAUUGUUUUUGAGUCUUCGCUAUCAUCAGCUCCACCCAAAUUACAUUCAUGAGCGGUUGAAGCAACUGGGUAAAAGUUAUGAACUGAGAGUUAUGUUAGUACAAGUAGAUGUGAAAGAAGCACAUCAUUUAUUGAAGGACCUGGCCAAGAUUUGUCUGUUAGCAGAUUGCACUCUUGUUUUGGCUUUUAGUCCAGAGGAAGCAGGUCGUUACCUAGAAACUUACAAGAUAUUUGAAAAUAAGCCACCAGAGGCCAUUAUGGAAAAAACAGAAGAGAACUUUAUCGCUAAAUUCACAGAUUGCCUGACCAGAGUUAAAUCUGUGAAUAAAACUGAUUGUCUCACUCUUAUUUCACAUUUUGGGACUUUAGCAAAUGUAAUGGAUUCCUCAGAAGAAGACUUAUCUCUCUGUCCAGGUUUUGGUCCACAAAAGGCCAAGAGACUCCACAGUAUAUUUUAUGAACCAUUUAUUAAAAUGCCAUACAAAGAGACAUCUGGAAAUGCUAGCUAGCGGUGGAUCAGACAUUACUUCCUUUGAUUUAACUGUCUAUUGAGAGCAACCUCUUCUAUGCACCACUGGCAAUAGGAAAGGAGCACUUGUGUGAUAGAAUUCUUCAGCCAAAACAUACAGAUGUGAAUAAGUGAAUAAAAAUAAAACAACUUUAUAUCAACACCAUU